AUGGCAAACUCUCGAAUUGCAAGGUUUGUCACCGAGGUUGCACCACCACAAUUUGUUAGUGUAAUGAGGUACCGAGACUCUAAGAUGUUAUUAGAUACGAUUAACGAAGAAGAGAGAGAAGUUAGCACAAACGAUUCUCUUUCAUUGUCUCCGAAGUGUUUGGCUUCAUCAUCUUCUACUUCUUCAUAUUCAAAGACAACUUCUAAGAACUUUCUCAUGGGG